CAUAUAACAGUGCCCUCAAGUUUGCCAGAAAUAAUAGAUAGAUUGACCCCAGUACACACAAACAAGUGGUGAUCAGAACAGAACAAACACACACUACACACUUCACAAACGCCUUCAUUCAUUAUCCGCCAUGGCUGUCCACCUUUCUUCAUCUUCAACUCUUCUUCCGAGUACCACCAAGUUGAACCAUGUUAGUAUCUGCCCCGUUAGUGUAAACAUACCUGCAAGGAAAAAUAUUAUCGGAAAGGUUCCUGUAAACAGAAACAGAAACGCUCACAGGCAUUUUGUGCUUACAAAAGCUAAAACAUCGUUAGAGGCCGACUUACAUGAAAAAGAUUCAGUUACCACUGACGACGAGAAUGAUUUUGGAGUUGUAAAUCUUCACCAUGUGGGAAUACUAUGCGAAAACCUUGAGCGAUCACUUGAUUUUUACCAGAACCUAUUGGGUCUGAAGAUAAAUGAGGCAAGACCUCACGAUAAGCUCCCGUAUAGGGGUGCAUGGCUCUGGGUUGGUUCCGAGAUGAUUCACUUGAUGGAACUGCCAAAUCCUGACCCUCCAACAGGCAGGCCCGAGCACGGAGGGCGAGAUCGUCAUACUUGCAUUGCAAUUCGUGACGUCUCAAAGCUAAAAACUAUUUUAGAUAAAGCCGGCAUUCCUUACACCCUUAGUCGCUCUGGAAGACCAGCACUCUUUACAAGAGACCCCGAUACAAAUGCGCUAGAAUUCACGCAGAUUUAAUGGUGAAGGAUUAUGUCGAAUAUAUGUGCCAGUAUAAAACGUUUAUGCGGUUUCUAAAGAUAUUACUCUCCACAAAAUUCAUGUGCAUAGUAGCUUUAAUGUAAUCUUGAUAAAGAACAUGUAUUUAUACACACUGAUGCAUUCGUAAUAAAGAUAAUCGUAUAUAUUCAAGAUAAA